AUGGAUGAGCCUUCACAGAGCGAGGACCGGAAGCUGUCGGCCAUGGAGCAUGUCAAAAAGCGCCACGAGGAGAAGGGCUUCCUCUAUGCCUGGUCACGCCUUCAUGUUUUGCUGCUGCUUCUGCUGCUACGAGGCCUGCGAGCACUGCCUGGAGUGCUUCUGCUGCUGCGGCAAGAAGGACGAGUAAGCGUUAACUCUACGUUAACCGUAGUGAGUAUCUGUGACAGUGAGUGA